AUGGCGUUCUUUCUCAUCUGUCCCCGGUUCCGAAAAUACUGGAAAGGCUCAGACUCCGACACAAGACACUCCUACAAAUUGAACUCCGCUAGACCAGCACCAGAUGGCGAUUCGGAUGGGUAUUCCAAGGACAGGCACGAUGUCGCACGCCCCGGUCAUCCCAGACGCUCCUCCGGUGGCCUGCCCGAUAGACUCCGUAGACGUUUCUCUCGAGAAGCCAGAGACCAGCGUGUGAAGCCAAAAAAUGAUUGCAGAAAGUCUGGCUCCCCAGCAUAUCCAUUCUCUUCCAGAUUUGCCAGUCCUGGUGAAAGAGUAGCUACUCCCGACGAGGUUGGGAGCAGCUUCAUGAGCGAAAGGGGAUAUGACAGCGACGCGCAGUUCAUAAGCACCCCCAAGCAGAUCAGCCACACCAGAGACCAUCCAUAUAAUCCACGUAUCCUUGAGGAGGCUGCUAUCUCCCCUUUGCGGCGCGAGAUGGAACAGGGGAUACCAUAUGUGCAGGCUCAUAGUCCAGAGUUCGAAGACCUAGAGAGUGCACCAUGUGCGGAACCUACUAUAAGGGAAGAAUCACAAUCUGCUCUGCGUUCGAAGAGUCAGGUGUCUUGCAUGACCCAAUUGUCUCAAGGCUCCUCUGCCUUCCGCGGCACAGAUGAUGGGAGCCGUCGAAUCAGGAUUGCAAAGCCUCAAAGAGGUAUGGCGGGCAGUCCAGUUCAAGGCAAGAUGAGAAAUGGACCUGUGUAUCCAAAACAACACGGAUACCGGCCUCCCCUUCGAAUGGCUUCACCUGAUCCUGGUAUACAUGGCUCGGGUUAUUCGACUCCGGUGUCUCCUGUGCCAUUCUCGUAUGCCACGUCUGGAGACUCUUUGGUUGGGCCAUCUUCACAGAUCUCUGUCAGGAAACGACGCCGGCAGCCCCCCGCAGGCCCUGUACCAGACGAUUGCUCUGUUCAUCUUGGUGACUUGAAUAUCCCGACGACCUUGGCGUCUCGCUCAACGUCUCCUCGUAUGCUAUCACCGAAACAGUCGUUUGAUGAGAAUCGGUGGAUCAGCACUGCUGGGACGUGGAACGUAUCCCAGCCAUUUCACGACUUUUCUGGGUUUGGAGCAGGAAAGGCACCGGAUACCUACGCAACAGGACCAAGACCUAGGGGACCAGUGAACCAGGCGUCCUCGUGCUAUUCUCAGAAGACCAGCCUGUCAUCUACAGAUGAUCGAGUCGGCUCUAUAGAUAGACGGAUACAGAAUCAGGCCAACACUAAACAAUCUCAUGAACCCAUCGCUUCUUUCAGUUGUUCCCCUCGAUCAUUGGAGUCGUCACUGGUGAAUGCUCGUUAUGCUCCCAUUGCAGAUCAGGAUGCAGAUAAAGUUGAAGCGCAGAAAAACAUGUUUUCCGAGAGAUUCGAAUCAGCCCGUUCACUCAGCUCUCCUGCACAUGGCCAUGACGACGCGGAUACGGACCUUGCAUCGCCUCGCAAGGUGAGUGUUGGAUGGAUGUCAGGGGGCCGGCGACUUGGAUACGGAUACGCUCUGGUACCUGCAAUUGACGGAGCCGAUGAACCUCCAGAGAAGCCCAAUUACAUUGGGUCCAGUGUCCCAGGAGUGACACCUGUAGGCGUGGAUCUUCGAAGUGGAUCAAGGCCCUUUGGGAAGGAGACUAUAGGACAAAACAAGAAGAUGUCUCCUAAGGCCGGGAAUUCCAACUUCGAGCUAUCGAGCGUUGUGAGUCGCAUACGUCUUCGCAGCUUCUCUAGUGCAUUUAGUGAAGGCUUGGGUGAACAGCUCAAGUCCUCAGUGCUGGAGAAAUUCUCCAAGCGUAAGGAGCAGCUCGAUCCCACUGCAGUUGAUACAAAAAAUCCCUGGGACUUCUGCUCUUGGGUUGAUCCAAACCAGCCUGCGAGCGAACAACAGAAUGAACAAAAAAGCUCGUCAGUCUCUACCAGAAGUACUGAGGGGCGACCUUUGGGCAGAUGGGCGACCUUGCGACGUACAGGGAGUUUGUUGAAGGGUCGCAGCGUGUCAGCGAUUACGCGCGGCUUUGAAGCCAACUCGACUGCGACAAUGACCACUCCAGCUGGGAGAUACCCCGUGGCGCGGAGAAAGGAGGGUCGCAUUCUCAAAUUCAAGGUCCUCGACCGUAAAAAUAGGGCUAAGAGUGCCGACGACGAUGUCCCUAUCGUCUCCGCCGAGAACUUGCAUGAAACAGCCGGCUCAGAUGAUUUCCAGCACGAGGGACAAGAACACGACCAGCAGACCGUCCAGACAGGCACCCAUAAUACCAAAAAGGAUCGGUAUAAUUCUUCUGACAAAACCGGAUCAGAGUCUAUCACAGAUGACUGGAAAAGUACUUACCAGGACUACCAAGAAAUGCUUGGGUAG